AUGAACAAAGCAGAGGAUAAAACAACAGCGGAUGAUGGUGGCGAUGGCAGAGGAAAAGGAGGAAAAGGAGAAGAGUUCCACGUGAAUUCCCCUUUUUCUCCACCUCCAGAACAAACGAAAGAAGAAAGUUCCAAGGAGGAGGACGCGUUCAAAACGCCUUCCCCGACCUCGAACCGAUUCGUCGGGACUGAAAAUACGGCGACGACGACGACGACGACGACGAGUUCAAAUUCAAAUUCCAAGAAGAAGUUUAGACCGAAUAUCAAUACUAAUAACACGCAUCACGUGACUUGGUUUAAUCCAGAAGCGAAAACCGCAGAGAAACGGUCGUGGUUACAAUCCAAUCGAAAACUAAAAAUAAAAAAGAACGCAAACGCGAACAUCGAGAAAGUGAGCGAGGAAGGAGACCACGACGUCGAUGAUGAUGAUGAUGAUGAUGAUGAUGAAAACAACUAUUCAUCUACAGAUAAGGGAAAGAAGAAAACAAAGUUUACGUUCGAGAAGUUUCUCGUGGUUGGUUUACAUCCGGACCGGAGCGAUUUUACUGCGGUGGCGGAUUCGCCGAGAGAGUUUCGCGAAGCUAGUCAUCAACAACAACAACAACAACAACAACAACAAAAUCUGAAUAAUAAUAAUAGUCAUAACAACAGUAAUAGUAAUAGCAGAAGACGCUCUUCCAAAGACGUGCGCGUAUCGCACCCGAAACACACGCCGCCGCAUCGAGGAACGGUUGGAGAGACGUACUCGGCGGACGUUUUGUUUUCCUAUCCUCCUUCUCCUAAAGCUCGAAUAGAAGGAGACGACGAAGACAGCAACACGGAAGACGAAACGGCGCAGCAAUCGUUCGAUGUUGAAUCAAUCGCACACUUUUGUUUCCCGAGUGGCGUGGAACCAAAACUAGUGGAGAAAACGGCGUCGAUGUCGAAAAUUUUAGAGGUGGCUUACGGCAACGCCCAGAAAACUCACGACACUUCGAGUUUUGUCUUUCGAUUGACUGGUGGUGAAAGCGGAGAGGAACCUUUAUAUGGAGUCUGCUUAUACGCGAACGAGUUUGUGAGUCAAAUGCCGGUUAUCGCGUCUUCAUCGUUGUCGUCUGCGCUAUCGCCGAAUUCUUCUUUUUCGGAGGAGACUAUACCUAGCGGCGGCGAUGGGGAAGGAGGAGGGGAAGAGGCAAACUUGAGAAAGUACCUCGUCGCGGCGCCUAGGUGUUAUUGCCUCAUCACGAAAACGCCGUUUUUUAAGACGACAUUUGAAGUCUUGAGAGCAGUAGUCACCUCAGAAAAACUGGAAAGAUUACGGCGAGACGAGAGACGAUUAAUGAAGGAUUUGGAGAUGGCGUUUUCGCGUUCUGGCAUUACUCCGACGAAACCGCCUCCACCUCCACUUCCAAAGACGAGCGGUGAAGACGAAGAGAGUAAAAAUAUUGCGCGCGAUCUCAACUUUAGCGAAGAAGCGCCGCGAACUCUAAAGAGCAAGACAGAUAGCGACGUCAAGGCUACAUCGUCACGCGGUUUCAAUAGGAGCGUGGAGGAACAAACACGGAAGAACGAUGAUUCGUUGCGGAUACUCGAGUCCUUUCACGCCGAGUCAAUUCCGAAACUUGGCGACGCGACGCGCGUUUUCAACGGUCCUUUGAUAAAGGAUGAAGCGGGAAAAGCCUUAAAUUCUGAAAAGAAGAAGAGCAUUCUGGAUGCGCCGAUUCCGUUUUAUCGGCCCGUGAGUACAACAGAUGACCCGUGCUUUGAAAGGAAAUGCAUUCGCGAUUCUGUUGGGAAAAUCACCUACACGUAUGACGAGGAAGCCGCGCACAUCGAACCUUGGGCGAUUGCGGCUUUGUGUCGAUCGUUGAGCAUUGAGAAUAUCAUGGCAUUUAUGGCUUGCGCGCUGCUGGAGAAACAGGUCGUCGUUUUCUCUCCGAAUUUAGGUCAGCUAUCCGGCGUGAUUUUAUCUUUGCUAGCGAUGUUACGUCCGUUGCGUCCGAGAGGAUUGUUUUUACCAAUUUUGCCGAAUUCGAUGACUGAUUUUCUCGAGGCGCCCGUGCCUUUUAUCGUAGGCAUUCAGCACAAAACCAACGACAUACGACAACGCACGCAGCACAUCACGCGAUUGAAUGCGUAUAAAGAUGAAAUCAAAAUCAUGGGUGGUAUAGUGGCAACGGCACCAAACUGGCACGAACUCAGAGAAAAAUUGAGACCGAUACACGCCUCCAUCCGCCUGGCUGCCGAAACGCAGGUGUUCUCCUCGGUUUUAGAACCAUCGGAGAAAUCUUCAAAGCUGUGCGGGGAAUUUGGUGAGUGCUUCAGGAAUCACAUGCGCGAUGCGAUACUGGGUCGCAUUCGGAGUUAUUCCAUCGCCGAAGUUGGAAAAGAUGGACAGAAAGUGGCGGUGUUGCUUAAAGACGAACUCGUCGAUUCGUACGUCGGACGCGAUCGCUCGUUUAUGAAAAACUUUUGCGAAACGCAAUUAUUCACCGCAUUUACCGAUGAGUUGCUCGAUAAUUAA